AUGUAUCUGCAGAAACUUGUGUCUAGAAGACGACUGUCCUGGUCACGUUCAUGGCAAAAUCUAUCCCGUUUUUGUGUUCCGUUGCAGUUUUCCACCGGUCUACAUUCGAACUAUGCCUCUGGAGGUAACCAGGUGCGAGCACCUGUCGCUCAAAUGUCACUGUCCCUUCCAAAUUUAACUGGUGUUAAUUCUUUCCGGUCGCAGCCUUUAUGUGCUCGUGACUCUUCCAUUUGGGUGGAGCCUCAUUCGUUGGUAGAGACCGCAAGAGUCAGUAAACUCAAGGUCGAUGUAGAUAAUCCUCCUGGAAACGAUGGACUGAGCCGCGGCAUGUCAAAUAUUAAAAACUCCAGGGCCAUUGAUGCAGCUCUCCGUUUCUCCGAUGGGCUGGAAGGCUCAGAGAUCAGCGAAGAGGAACAAAGACGAAUGUCCAACCUCGGGGCCAUGAUGGACCUGCUCAAGUUCUACGUUCCGUUGCUUUUGCAGGAGUCGCUUCCUGCGGAAAUGUUGCUGUCGACCGUCAUGCUUCGACUCUGUCCAUCUCAUUUCGAGCGCAUCAACGCAUAUCUCCCUAAUAUCAAGGGCCAUGUCUCGUACUACGCCACUUGCAAAGCGCUCCAACUUUUCAUGACAUCUUUGGUUUUGAAUCCAAGAACCCAACUCCACAUCUCGCUGAUCCGCACCUCCAGGUUUCCUGAACCAAACUGUGUCCACGCGCACUCGACCAAGAUCUAUAUUCGCUGGACCACCUGUCCCGAGGGAUGCUGGCAUCUCUCCGGCUCGGCCAAACUUGUAGAGCAGGAAUGCAAUGACAAAUACUCGGAUCACUCGACUGCAAAUGCUACUCUAGGUUCGCACCGAUGGUCUAGCAUAGACCCAGGAAAGCUCUUGGAUAAACUGGACCUGAACUGGUCUCUCACUGGCGCCUUGGCGGAUUUGGGCAAAGGUAUCAUUGGCUUGCGCAAAGAGGAGCUGCGCCUCGAGAGAUUGGUUUCUGGAAUCUUUAUAUUCGAGCUAAACGAGUCCAACGACAAAAUUAUUGUACAUACUGUCGAGGACAUGGACGUGGUAGAGCGUCCCGAGGAGCAAAGAGAACUUCGCGUUUGUUAA